AUGCUGGCCAAGCCGACAAAGGCUAUCGGAGAAGUGCUGGAUCGUUUCGAGGGCAAGCCCUUCACGUGCGAGUACAAGUACGACGGAGAGCGUGCGCAGGUGCACCUGCUGGACGACGGCACGAUCUCUGUGUUCAGUCGCAACUCUGAGAACAUGAGCGCCAAGUACCCCGAUCUUGUGGAGCAGAUCCCUCGGUCGUUCGUGCUUGACUCAGAGGCAGUCGCUUUCGAUCUGGAGACGAAGAAGCUGCUGCCGUUCCAGGAUCUGAGCCGCAGGAAGCGCAAGGACGUCAAGGCGGAGGACAUCACAGUGCGCGUGCACCUGUUCGCUUUCGACCUACUGUAUCUGAACGGCGAGAUGGAGCUGAAGGAGCGCCGCGCGCUGCUGCAGGAGCACUUCACAGCGGUCGAGAGCGAGUUCGGCUUCGCCAAGUCGUCGGACGGGUCGACGACUGAGGAGAUCCAGACCUUCCUCGAGGAGUCGGUGAAGGAUGGAUGUGAGGGCUUGAUGGUAAAGAUGUUGGCCUCAGAUGCGUCGACAUACGAGCCCUCGCGACGGUCAAUCAACUGGCUUAAGAAGGACUACCUGUCUGGCGUAGGCGACUCACUUGACCUCGUUGUCGUCGGCGCGUACUACGGCAAGGGUAAGCGCACGAACUGGUACGGAGCGUUCCUGCUCGCGUGCUACGACCCGGAUAGCGAGAACUACCAGACCAUCUGCAAGAUUGGGACGGGUUUCAGCGAGGAGAUCCUGAAGCAGUUCUACGACGAGCUGCACCCGCUCGAGCUGACGGGCGGAGCGCGUGGCAACAUUGAGGUCGGCGGCGCCAAGCCCGACGUUUGGUUCGAGCCCAAGGUUGUCUGGGAGGUUCUCACUGCGGACCUCUCCCUGAGCCCGGUCUACACCGCCGCACAUGGCCUGAGGGGUAUCUCGCUCCGCUUCCCGCGCUUCAUCAAGGUGCGCGACGACAAGGGACCCGAGGAGGCGACGACUGCGGAGCAGGUCGCAGACUUCUACCAGUCUCAAGCGACAGCCGCGGGCAAGAAGGGCGGCGCCGCGGUUGACGAUUUCUGGUAA